ACGAAAUCGCAGAAUUCGGCAGUGCUUCGCGUUUCCGAGCGAGUUGGAACGGCGCUCACGGUAGCAAAAUCACCAGUCUGCAUUGGAGGCAAAAGUACCGAAGAAUCACCCAGUGAAGGACCACCAUCGCGGGUAACCAGGAGAACUGGGCCAAUAGCACCGAAAAAGCGCCGUCUCGAAGAAGAAAGCGUCGCUAAGUCAACAGAAGAGACAGAUGAAGCGGCCGCGGCUACAACUUCUCUAUCUCAGGAAAAUGUUGCGACGGGCUCGGAAACGAAAGAACCUAAUGUGAUUGGGGGUAUCUCCUCGCUGGAAGAUAGUGACGAUGAAGACCGUCUAUGCGUAGCGGAAGAUGAGACAUCUACUGAGACAGUACAGCCAUCAGCCCCUACAAGUGAUAUAACUGAUGACGACAGGGAGCAUCUGAUGAUUGAUGACAACCACGAAGAGCGUCCUGUUGUUGAUGAUGACGAGGAGGAGCGUUUGGUGGUAGAUGAAGGAGAGAACGACAAUGAAGAAGCGUGUGCAGCUGGCAAAGAACAGAUUUCUGAACACAGAGAGAGCGUGCAGGAGAAAGUUCAGGACGAAUCCAAUACGAUCAGUGAAGCUUCUGAGCAAGCUGGUGUAACUGGACAGGCUAAAAAGCAAGAAUCCAGUCCCGCAAUUGCGGCGCGUGUGGUGGCCACCAAAGUAACCACAAAGAACAUCGGAGCUCUUGGCGCAGCAAAGCGUUCAGUGCCUGACCUCAAAGCUGGGCCAGCAGCUAUGCAAAAAUUCAACGCCACAUUGAGUAAACAGUUGAAGAAAGGCCGACCAGCCAAGAAAGUGGUCGAGAAACCGACUAAGACGUCAUCAGCUGCUGAAAAACCCGUUUCGGCCCCACCAUCGUCUUCGAAAGCGCCUUCUACUCAAAAGACUUCACCUCAUGUGGCUGUCGCCACCACUCCACAAGGCUCCAAGAGAAAGCGUGAAGGAAUUAGUGCCGAGUCGGUACCGGUUGCAAAAAGGCAACAUUUCGGAGAAAGUUCAGUGCAAAAGCAGCUUCAAGGAGCCCUACUGUCUGAGCAAAAGAUAGAAGUUAUCAGGAAGAAUCUGGCUGGUUGUUUGGACGAGAUAGCGAAUAUGCACCCUGAAGAGUUCGCAAAUGCAAUGACCACGUGUUCUCUGAACCUGCACUCUGGCGAUAUGUGGACUAUUAUACAGAAGAACUUCAAGAAUUGUGACGCUUCGGACAUCCAUAAUACGAAGGAGGACACAUUCCUUCAAAUUUGUCGAGAGCUGGGUGGUAGUGGUGAGAUAUGGUUGAAUUAUGUAAAGAAAAUGAUGAUUGUCUUCUCUACUCAAACCCCGAACCCGAUCUACACCGGGCGCUACAUACGACUUUUCAUUCGCGCGUUGCGUGAAACGGGUGAUCUACUUAGUUGGGAGGAGAAGAAGGACUGUCUUCGCACUAUAUUGACGAGAAUCUUCCUAGAAGACACGGGAGUCGCUAUAAAAGCGACAACAUAUGCCCUGUUGACUCCACAAUACGAGUUGCUGGACUGGAUGAAAGGCCAAGAUGAUCCGUUUACCGUUCUUCUAUCACUUGCUGUGACGACAGCUCAUAUGGAAGGCAAAGUGUUGUUGUGGGCGUGGUUCCAACAAUUCGGAAUUGAACUACCGCUCGAAGAUAUUUCUCCUCGAACUGUCAACGAAGCCUUUAAUGAGUUAUUGACAAAGUUGGACGAGUUAGCCGAAAGCCGUGCUCGAAAAAUGGGUGAAAGCGACAUUGCCAUUCCGAUUAGUGUUGAAGAGAACGCCCUCAUCAAAAUGGCCAUUGCGUACUUAUCGCCGGCCAAUGGUUCUCACGUGAGUUUAAAGCCUAUUCUGGCUGAUCUGAUCAGUGACUGUACGGGACGCAUUAAGAAAGCGAUGAAUCCACGCGCUCUUGGAGGUGAGAAAGCCUGGUCAGAGGUGUAUGCGAUUAGAAAUCGUUCACACCUGUUUAUUGGACUCACGAGGAGCGCAUUGUCGUACAGAGAUGACUUGACUGUUAUCCAUGAUGUGUGCAAUCUGCUACGGAGCGAGAUUCCUUCAAUUCGAGAAAUUCGCGAUAAACUGGCCACGUUGGCAACAGCGGAAAAACCUUGGCUUGAUAUGUAUAGUACCAUCGCCGGAGAAGUGAUUGCUUUCCUCCAAGCUCUCACGCUGUAUGAGAUGUGA